UUAUUUUUCGAUAAAUGCCACACAUUAGGUAGGUACCUACUCUUGUUUUCAUUUUUAGAUCAAUUAUUGAGGAAACUGAUUAGUUAACACUUAGUCAAACAUGUGUGAUAUUAAUUCGGUUACAAAAAACGAAGAAGUUGUAACAUUUCCGAAUGAUGGCUUGUCAACUAUAGAAGAGCUCAGCCAUGACCCACAUGAUAGAUCGCAUGGCUCUGUGACUUUGGACAUUGACCUUUCAAGUGAAGUUCCUACAACAGCUGUGGGUGACAGGUUUGAUGAUCAACCUCCUAAUAAAUCAGAUAAUUCCGAUUUUGAAAAAGUAGAGGAACAUUCUCCAGCGCUUUCAUCCACCAUUACCUUCGAUGCAACAAAAUAUCCAAGUAAAACUAGCGUUAAAAAGAAAAGGAGCAUUGAAGAUGAAGCAGAAGUAGUAAAACGAAGGAAAAAACAGAUCACGUUUGAUAGUGUAACGCUGUUUUAUUUUCCUAGACAGCAAGGUUUCACUUGCGUACCGUCUAAAGGUGGCUCUACUUUAGGCAUGAGUACCCAACACUCGCAAGUGGUGAAGUUUUCUAUCGAGGACCAUGCCAUCCAACAACGCAGGAUACAUCGACGACUGAUACUGAAACAGUUGAAAAUAGAUGAAAAUGGCAGCGUUAGCGAAAAUGAAUUCAGUGACGCUUCAUCAGAACCUGAAUUCAGCAGUCGAUAUUUCCUACCAAGACUUACCCCAAAAAACAGACGUGCCCUCUUAAGAGCUGCUGAAGUGCGAAAAAUCGACUCUUUGGAUGAAGACGAAUGCAGAGAUCUCAGAGAUUCCAGAGACAAUUGUGGCUGCGAGUGUGAGGACUACUGUGACCCGGAUUCGUGUUCUUGUAGCCAGAACGGUAUAAAAUGUCAAGUAGAUUUUUUAAAUUUCCCAUGCGCUUGUACCAGAGAGAAUUGUGGGAAUACAUCAGGUAGAACCGAGUUUAAUACGGAUAAAAUGCGAACUCAUUUGAAAGACACUUUAUUGAGGCUGGACCUGGAAAAGACACAAGAAGAUGUGCGAAAAAGUAAUAAGGAUAUUCUUUCGAGUAAAUGA